CAAUGGCAGCACCUAAUAUUAAAUCAUUAGCCUCUGUUGCAGCACUUCAUCCUCUCGCACCGGCGGUAGGCGGUAUAACGAAAGAGACGGGAAAAAUGCGGAGUGAAUCCAGUCUCGUCUGAGGCUGGCGGAUAAGACCGAGGAGGCAGCCCGUGUGAUGCUGCCGCCGCUGCCGCUGCUGCAACACCUCUGGUGGCGAUGCAGGAGACGCGGUGCAGCAGGCAUUAAAGAAGGAAGGCGCUGUAGCCUAUAGGAGAAGACCAGAUAGACUACUACAACACCGCCUGAUGGGGAACCGCUGACUGAGAGAGAGAGAGAAAGAAAGAGAGAGAGAGAGAGAGAAGAAACAGCCCAUGGUGGAGAAGCUAAAUAGAAGAAGGAGGGGAGACAACCGACAAGCACGCGGAUUAGCUGAUUGAACCCGUGAUCGCCCACAUUCAACACUGCCGACGGAGACCCCAAGCUUGCAGUCGCUGUUUUGGGAAAAAGAUCCCCAAAAAUAUGGUGGUGAUGGAUCUGCAUUCAGGUCUAAACAGUAGACAAGUGAACAGAAUUUCAGUCAUGACGAGGUUCGUCCUUUCCCUCCUGCUCAUGUGUGGAUGCCAAAAUAGUCUCUGCCAGCCCUCCUCAGAGGCUCAGAAGGAGGCGGCCGCCAACGACAACAGCACAGUGUUCACCAGGAUCCUGGAUGGGCUUCUUGACGGUUAUGACAACAGGCUCCGGCCGGGGCUCGGAGAAAACGUCACAGAGAUCCAGACGAAUAUUUUUGUCACCAGCUUUGGCCCGGUGUCUGACACGGAGAUGGAAUAUACCAUAGACGUCUUCUUCCGUCAGAGCUGGAAGGAUGAGCGUCUGUGCUUCAAAGGGCCCAUGGAGAUGCUGCCGUUGAACAACCUGCUGGCCAGCAACAUCUGGACCCCCGAUACCUUCUUCCUUAAUGGCAAGAAGUCUAUUGCUCAUAACAUGACCACGCCUAACAAGCUGCUGAGGCUGAAGGAUGACGGCACUUUGCUAUACACUAUGAGACUGACCAUAUCAGCAGAAUGCCCCAUGCAGCUGGAGGAUUUCCCCAUGGAUGCACACGCCUGCCCUCUCAAGUUUGGCAGCUAUGCCUAUCCGGUGUCAGAGGUGGUCUACACUUGGACUGUGGGAGAAUCUAAGCCUGUGGUGGUGGCAGAAGACGGCUCCAGACUCAACCAGUACCUUCUUAUGGGGUUAACCUUCAACACAGAGAACAUACACACAAGCAGAGGACAGUAUACAGUGAUGAUGGCCCACUUCUACCUGAAGAGGAAGAUUGGAUAUUUUGUCAUCCAGACGUAUAUGCCAUGUUUCAUGACUGUAAUCCUGUCCCAGGUGUCAUUUUGGCUAAACAGAGAAUCAGUUCCUGCAAGGACUGUCUUUGGGGUGACCACUGUGCUGACCAUGACCACCCUCAGCAUCAGUGCAAGGAACUCACUCCCUAAAGUGGCCUACGCUACAGCUAUGGAUUGGUUCAUUGCCGUCUGCUACGCCUUCGUCUUUUCUGCCCUCAUCGAGUUCGCCACGGUGAACUACUUCACCAAAAGGAGCUGGGCCUGGGAUGGCAAGAAGGCUCUGGAAGCACAGCCCCCUAAGAAACGAGACCCCAUGGUGCUGUCCAAAAAGCCUAACAACGUUUGCUCGGCGGGCGUCAACUACACCCCCAACCUCACCAAGGACGUGUCCAUCUCCACGAUCUCCAACACAACGUCGGUGCAGCUCCGAGCCUCUGAGACCAAGAUGGUGGACCCCAAGAAAACCUACAACAGUGUCAGCAAGAUCGACAAGAUGUCUCGGAUAGUGUUUCCUGUCCUCUUUGGAACCUUCAACCUCGUCUACUGGGCCACGUACCUUAACAGAGUACCGGUGGUGGAAGGAGUGGGGGAAGGAGUGGUGACGUCAACGUAAUCUUACUCUUUUUUUCUUUUUUUUCCCCUUUUUUCUGAGUCGGACAGUUUGUGUAAGGGAUUAAGUUUGAGAGUGGGUGGACUAAAAGGAAAAGGGGUUGUUGUAAGGUCAGUGCCCUAGACGGAAAAAAAAAUAAUGUCCGGGCUUGAAGAACAAAAACAAACUAUACUCCACUAUCUAAUUCAAGCACUUUGAAUGGAUGCAAGGCUGCAACAGAAUCCCUUUCCUGUUUUUCAUGGCCUAAAAAACUGCUCCAUCACAAAGAAACUGCUUCUAAGACUAUGUCGACGAGAGAGCGGGUGCUUUGCUUCUCUCUCAUCUAUUCUGCUGCAGUUUGCAUGACGCUCUUCUCAAAAAGAAACCAUGGACUCCUCUUUGUCUUAAAUACCGACCAUGUAUAUGUCAAUCACUGCUUAAAGUAUGGGUGCACACUCCAUUGCUUCUACUUGAGGUUUUAGAUCAAAAUAACGUAGACAUUUUGCGUAAUUUUGCCUAAAUUUAAACACAUUCUUAUCAUGGAGGCUUGAAAUGCACUGAGCUUAUGCUAUAGAAAAGAAACUGCAAUAUAACAUUCAUUUGAAUUUGGAAUAUUUAUUUAAAAAAUGUACUUAAUUCCACACUGUGGAAGAAACAUUUCUUAAGAUUGAUGCUGCAAGUGCAUUAAUAAUUUAGUUUUAUGUCUCUUUUAAAACAAAAAAAAAUGUUCCUAUUGCAGUGGGUGUUUUGUGUGUCUCUUUGUACAUUUUUACUUGAAGGUUCAAAGGCUUCUGCUGCAGGCCUGGUUUCCCAAAAGCAUUGUCAGCCCGAGUCUCAGUGGAAAACGGCGGUAAAAAAACGAAUGCUACCUGCGGGUGAAAAAAAAUUUUAUUGGGAAGAUUAUUCAUUGUUUUUAGAUGAAGAGAUGCUUCUUCCUUCAUAAGAAAUUUUAAAAAAGUCGUCUUCUAGAGCAGCUUGUCAACAAGAGUAUUAGAAAAACUUCUUUGGCCCACUUACACUGGGUGACUAGACAGCUGAGGAUGGUGUGUUCAGGACAAAUUUAGGAUUGGAUAUAUGUGCUUUAACUGAAUUUUGAGCCUGGGUCACUCAGCUAUGAAACUAAUAUUCACAGUUGAAAGACCAGUGCUUGAAACGCAGUGUGUGUCACAUCCAGAUCAGCAGAGUUUGGAGACAUUUAGGCAUGCAUCCAUCUUGUUGAUGUGUCCAUGGGCAAAACCCUGCAACUGUACCAGCUCCAGGGGCCACUGUGACAAAGAUUAAUUUUGAAUAUGGCUUAGAUUAAACUAACAGUCAGACUUCAGCUAGACGUGUAAACCAGCCUUACAACUUUAAAACUUAAGUAGGUCUAAUUUGCCAUGGAUUCUGUGUUAAUUAGGAGUCUUUUCAAACUGGAGAAAACUCGACUGACCAAUCUCCGUUCCCUACAGCGGAAAAUGUUUGCCUUCUGGAAGAAUGAAACAGUAACAGGGACAUUUUACUGGGGAAAUUCUGAGCUCUGACCUCCCUAUGGCAAAAAAAAAGAAAGAAAAAGUACAGCGAUCAAAGGAGUAUCAUUAUCGUAAUAUUUUUCUGCAUUCUGGUACUAUAACUGUAUCAGAUGAAUUGCUCAUUUAUACGUCCACAUAACUAGACAAAAAUUCCUCACGGGAGAGGUGAACAGCAAACUUACUGUAAAGGCCUGUGGCUCAGUGGAAUAUGCUGGAGAACGAACUGCUGACACGCUAGCCAGCUGGGACAUACAAGCGCUUGUCAGUAACAAUGGCUGUUCUUCUAUUUUGUCUUUCCUGAAUGAAUUUGAAAUUAUGGUGUGAUCAGGCCUUUUAAGCUACAAAGAUUUGGGGAAAUUAGGCCGAGUCUCAUAAGGGAAUCAUGUAAAUAAACUUUAAAUUUUCAACUUUGCUUUGACACAAAAAAGACAAUGUUGAGAUUCUCACGUUUGAGUUUCAAAUGUCAGCAAUGUCAACGUCUAAUGUUGACUUUCAAUUUCUGAAGAUGUUUUCAUCUGAUUUCUUUCUUAAUGUUUAUGUGCACAUGUGUAAGAUUUUCUUUGUUAUCGUUGCUUAUAGAGGAGCUUACAUCUGACCAAACUUGGCUUUUGAUCUUUAAGUUUUUGUUGAUCUAUUUCUACACUGACUUAAUCAAACUGGAAGCAAUGAGCACACGUUGUGGCAUUUAGACUGGAGCCCACCAUAGCACAGCAUGCGUGACUUGUUGGACUAUGGUGAGACAUACUCAGGAACAAAAGGACCCAUGCUCCCAGCAGAAGAGUCACUGUUUCUUUAAUCUCAUGGAUUUAAAACAGUGCAGUUGGGAGCAUUGUCAAUGAUACAAUGGCUUGGUGAAAACCCAUAUAAAUAAAGACGACAUCAGCUACUGUAUGUGCUUUGCUUUGUGAAAUUUGGACCUACAGCACAAAUCCUCACAAUGUCAGCUUAAAAUUCAUCUUAAGGUGCUUUUAUUUUGAUUCAUAAUUUCCUGUAGCGUUUUUGUGCUGGUUUGAGUUGAUGUUGAAUCUGCAUUUUAUGUGAAUCUAAGGUGUUGCUAUCUGUCAAAUGCUCAGUGGGUGUCUAUCGGCAAAGCUACAUUUCAGUGCUUGUCAAAGCGCAGCAGCAGUGUUAAAGGAAGUCAAAUGAAAUGCAGUUGAAAGGUGAUCUAUACAUCUGUCUGUCUGGGGUCGACAUGGCAGCAAGUCCUCAUGUACAGAUCAGACAUCCUUUUCCCGGUAACAACCUCCAACCUCUGUAUAUGUUCCUCCACUCCCCAAAUGUUUCUGACUCCGCUGCUUAUACACAUUAUCAAGAAGCUAAUUGGCCCUAUUCUUUCUGAUUACGCCUGCAGUAGUUGAGUCUAUCACAAUGUUUGGAGCUGAACUGCUCCAGUGCUGCUUUAUUUCAGUUGACGAAGCCUUAUUUUGAGUUAUAUUAACAAUGGAAAUUAAACAGUAAUACGCAUUUCGGUCCCUUAUCAUGAAAGUGUGUUUAGCUUCCAUUAUUUUCUCUAUGGACUGAAAUGUUGUAAGACAUUCCCAUCAGCCUUAGCUGUAGUUUCUGUGCCAACGUAGUGCUAAGCAGCGAAUAUUAGCCUGCUAACAUGCUAUGGUGAACAUCAUACCUGCUCACCAUCAGCAUGUUAGCAUUAUCAUGCUGACGUUAGCAUUUAGCUCAAAGCCCUGCUAUGCCUAAGUACAGUCUCGGAAAUUGUGGCCCAUGAGCCAAAUCUGGCCCCUCAAGCAAAACAUUUUGGCCCACUGACAAAAGCUGAAGUUUUCCCUUUUAUAGUUUACAAAACUUUAACAUUAUUUUCAUAAAUAGACCACUGGUUGACUUCUGUCCAUCCAUGCACCAUUCUUGCCAUUCAGAAAAUGAGUGCCCCUAUCUAUCCAUUCAUCCAUCCACCCAUCCAUUUAACCACCCCUCUCUUCUCUAUUGCCAGCCAAGAAAUGAUUGCACACUCCUCCCUCCUUCCUUCAGCUGCUGUGACAGACUCAUCUGCCAUACAUCUGUUAGAAAAGGGAUUUAGUUCUGCUUAAGUUACUUUCACCCAUUCAGGGGGGCCCCUUACAGCAAAGCGCUUCACUCCAAUUUAAGCCCCGACUGGCCGUGCCGAUGACAUUUUCUUUCUGUCUGGACAGCUGUGGCUGGUGCGUGUUCAGGACAAAUUUAGGAUUGAUUACAUGUACUUUAUCCAAAGCUAGCUCAUGGGCAGUGAAACAGACUAAAGUUAUGAACUUAGGUCUCUCAACUGGUGAAUGUAAUGCACACGCAGCGCUCAUCUUAAACAGACUUUUGCAGGGCUGCGAUCGCAACAGUUGUUUAUCCCUGGAAGGCUACAGACGGCCAUUACACAUGCAUGAAGUUUCUCUUGCUUUUGAGCAUCAAUUUAAAAAAAAAAAAACAUUAAACUGAGACCUUUACUUAAAUUUUGCAAAAAUGCAGCAGUCAUCAUAGCUAUAGCUGGGCUUAAAGUAUUUGUGUUAUACAUUUUUGUUUUAUGUAAUGUAUUUGUUUUAUGUAUUAUACUUAAAAUAUCAAAUAAAAAUGAUUAACACAUAUGGCAUUCAUUAUUAAACAUAGGGCACAGCUGCUGUAUAUUUUAGAAUCCAUUUUAUAGCUUAUAUGUGGCUUUGUUAAAUCAAGAUUAUAGCUGGAAUCUGACCACAGUUCUUUGGUGGAUCCAUCUUAGCUGAUUCCCUCUUGAUGUUUAACUGCUUUAUAAAAAUAGUUUGAAGCAUAUGUCUGUGCGCUCCAAUUCCAUUUAUCACACAUCUGGGAAUAAUCUGUUUAUAUAUCUCCUCACCUGUCAUUACUUUAUCCCAAAAAAGACACACAAAAACAAAUCUACUUCAGUUAUAGUGCUGUCGAUCCCUCAUGUCUAUUAUCUAAAGCUAUGCUUAUUUUCAUCACUGUAUUUGAUGAGCAACGAGUGACCAGCUUUUUAUAGAGGAAAUACUACUUUCAAUUCUUAAACGAUAUUUAGCAAACCGAUUCAACCAAUUUGUAGUAUUACUGAUACUUCCUGCAGAACAAAUACUUUUAAUUUUAAGUACAUUUUGCUGAUUAUAAUACUGUACCUUUAAUUAAAAUGCUUGAAUGCUUGACUGUUACUUGUA